GAGGGAGCCGUCGCAUUCGGGAGGAAACUGUCGGCAGCGGCGAAUUUGCGUUCUAUCGUCUUCAUUCCAUGGAGUCGUAAUGCAUUGUCCAUAUUGAGAUAAUUUCAGAAGCAAACGCGGUAUCUUUUCAAAGAGACUUCCUCGCUGAAUGCGUCAAAAGCAGGAAUAUAGAAUCGAGGGCUCGAGGCCCGCGCUUCCCGUACGUCACCCAUGAACAGCCUGAUGCGAUUACCAAGCGUUUGACGGUCUACAUUUCGAUACAGUCACAACAUACUGAGCUAUCUUCGCCAGCAGAUGACAUAUAGGCCUACUGUGUCAAAAUAGAAUCAUCUUGUGUGGAUCAUAGGCGGACAGAGCCGGUCUCCGUAUUGACGGUUUAUUCGAGAUAGGGGCGGGAUAUGAAAGAUUUUAUUCAGCAAGGCGACAGGAAAGGCAGACGAUGGAUGUCAUGACAACGAAGGUUUAUAGUUGCGAUAUUAUUUUUCAUAUAUAACAGGAGUGUAUGAAGCAAUCCACCACUGUUUUCUCUGCCCUUUCGACUUCGAGGACCGCUGUUCAUCAUGUGUGCUUCAUCUGUGUUGCCGUAUCAAAAGGAAAUCAUAAAAACAAGCGGAAACGAUUAAGUAGCCAGAGAGAUUGUGUUGAUAUUUGCAUCUCUCAUUGCCUUGGAUUUCCUGACUGUGUAUAUUCAAGUCAAUCAAACUCCUAGCUAAUAGAAGCAAUACUAUGGAAACGUAUUGAGAGUGCAGUCAACUGACUGGAUAUUUUUUUAAUACGUCUGUUUCUUUUCUGAUAUAUUCUUCAGAAGCAGACAAAGCUCCAAUAUUAUACGCAUCUUAUGUAGUUCAAUGUGGGAAUAGAUUAAUUCUCGAAGUCCUUGAAUUCAUAACAUUAAUUUUCUACUUCCAGGGUAGUGGCCUGACCUGAUGAUGUUAUUCAUAGAAACAAUGACACAGUACUGACAAGCACAGAGAGGUUAACUACCACCUGUUGGCCUUUCGAUGUGCACCACGAUGCACACCAAGUAACAUUUACCACUCCAACCUUUCAAUGUCUGAUAUAGCAUACGAGUCUUUUUGGCUGAGCCACAUCACUGGUCAAUGGGAGAUGGAUAGAUCUAUCUCUAGGAAGUUAUCGAAGCGAGUUGUAAAUGUUUGAAUUAUUCAUCUAAAGCUUGAGCAUCGCUGAAUUUCAACUCGUGUUUUUCUAGAGUCAUGAUCGGGAAUUGAUUAUCUUCUGUCGCCCUUAAAACAACCCGCAGAAAGCGCGAGUCGUCAGACAUUUUUAAAUGAAUAAACCUUUUAGAUUAAUUUCAAUUUUAUUGUAAUUAGAAUGCCCGCAUCUCAAAAGGAGCAGCUGUGUAUGAUCACCUGGAUAUCGUUGUUUGGCAGACCACCAAAGGCUGUAUAGUUCAAAUCAUCACUUACAUUACCCAUAACUUCGUCGUUUGAUUUGCAAAGUGGAUGUAUAAUUUCGUCUAGACAACCGCCCGAGUGUAUUAUAAGGGGUGAAAGUGUUGAAUCGAAACGGGCACUCCUCUUUCUGCUCUACAUCCAUUUCCCCCCUUCAGCAAUGAACGGAUGGAUUACAUGGGGAAAUUACAAUCUCAGCUAAAAUCUAAGCUAACCUUUCACUCCUGUGUUUAAAGUUAAUGUUACCCAUGACCCGUGAUUGAUUGUUCAUCGAGUUAGUGACGGUGGUAUCCGGAGAGGAGGACCAAAUUCUGCUCUCGGCGGGUGAACUCUGUGCCAUUCCACAUCAUUGCCAAUCAAAGAGAUUAAUAUCACAGGAGGCGAUGAAAGCAACCACAAUAUAGCAAUGGAAGCACGCCUUCAAGUUCAGGGGAAAGUUAUCCUUGCUUAAAUGACCUUGAGAUGAUUUACCGUUUAUGAUGCUUCUCAAGUUUUAGCGAAAUACGUGGUUGUAUUUACGUUUAUUAUCGAUAGUGUUCAGACAUUCAACUGCUUAAGCCAACGAUAUUAUACACUGGAGACGAUUUCUGGAUAAAAGCGAAUCUUCAUUUAUUUCAACCAGCAUCGAAACCGUCAAUCUGUUUAUAAGUUGAUUUCGCACUUGGAAUGGAAUGAGUUAUUUUUCUGGGCCAUUUUUUUUGUUCUCAGAAAAUGAUAUUGUAAUGUAAUCUUCUAACUAUGAGAUCCAUUUCGCCUCCGCAUUGUUUCGUACAUUCCCGAAAGUAUUUGUGGCCGAAAUAGUGGAUGGCAAGUAGCCUUUAGGGGGAUUUGGUUGUCAACGGUAUGGCUCUUGGGGAAUUCAUGACUCGUAAAUGGGUCAAACCUUUUAUCGCUUUCUUCGCUUUGACUCUCGUGUCUUUAUUAGCCUUCGGUAGCUUCACAUCACGCAUCGGCAUCGGGACGAUGUAUGCAAAUACCAGUGAACGCAAAGCUCGGACACGAAUGCAGAAAAUAGUGGAUCGAUCCCGCAACACGGCACGCUUUUUAUCAAGUUCACCUCUGGAAGGUUAUUUCACCCCUAUGUAUGAUAAAAAGAAAAUUGCCAGGACAAAAACUCAUAAUUUCAUUCCAAUUCGUAAAAUCAUUCAUGAUAUUAGUAAUUCAUCCUCGAAAUCUGUAACUUCUUUAGAGAAAUAUGACAGCUCCGAUGGAGACUGGCUGAACCAAAUGCAAUUAGAACAUACCAGCCAACGUACUAGAAAAAGAGUUGUCACAAAUAUCUCAAGAAUAUUUUCUGAAAGGACUAGUCCUGUAGGUUUGAAUGAUUUUGUAAGUAGGACUGAUGGCAAGAGCCAUAAAACUAAAGAAAAUGUUAGACCAACAACCGUGAAACCUGUUUUUAUUGUUUUAAUGGGACGCAUGCGCACAGGUUCAACUCUGAUUGGUGAAAUUUUUAAUCAGAACCCAUCGAUAGGGUUCCUCUACGAGCCCCUGCACGCCGUGUGUGAUUGGAGCAAGAGAGGAGUUAUCCAUAAAUCACAUUUUACUACAGCAGCUAGUACCCUCUUAAGAAAACUCAGUUCUUGUGAAUUUCCACCUAGCUUUAUCUCUAGUAUCAGCAAGUGGACAGUCGGGGGAGGGUUCCGUAGCACCCUCAUCCAGCCUGUAUGUGCAAUAACGAAUUCCUGUCGACACGCAUCGUCAAACAUGCUUCGCCAUCAGUGCCUAAAGUAUAAGAAGUACAGAGGGAUAAAGACAAUCCGUGCUGACCUGAAUUUGCUACAUAGACUGAUUGAAGAGGGCAAAGUGGAUGUCAAGAUAUUGCAUCUUGUACGAGACCCUCGAGGAGUAGCGAAUUCACGGCGUCAGGUCUACUCCGUCGACAGUAAUUCCAUGCAGCGGCGGUUAGCUGCACGCGGUUACCGCCACCGCGUCCUCCGUGACAACCCUGCGGUUAACCCGCUUACCGCUCAAGCCAGGAAACCAUUGCCGUUCCACAACGACCAGUUACCGGCGCCAAAGGUGCGAGGGACCAGACUAGAUAUUUUAGGUCUCAUGGAUACUUCUGAUGUGUUUCCACUCCUUAACACCAUUCCAGCUUAUUGCAAAUGGUUGGAUUCUACCAUCACAUUAGCACAGAAGAAACCUGAUUGGCUGGAAGGUCGAUACAAGCUGAUCCGCUAUGAAGACUACGCGGCAUCACCACUAAGCGUCACUGAAGACGUUUACCGUUACUUCGGUAUGUACCUUGACGAUAAAGUACGACGAUGGGUAGCGAACAAUACGGAAGGUAACGUCGUAGGAGGCGACAUACUUUACGGAUCACAUAGAAACUCUUCGGAAGCAGCUUUCAAGUGGAGAACGGCCAUGACGUCAGAAGAAACUUCACAGGUUGAGACAUUGUGUGGUGAUGUUAUGGAAAGAUUAGGUUAUAGGAAGACGUCUAGUCGGGUUCGGCUGGACGACCUAAAUCAAUCUUUAUUCCUACCUCUUCCCGACGAUAUACCACGAGAAUUAUGAUAAUUGUAACCGCGUUUGUAUCCAUGCAUUAUCAAGAGUAUAUAUAGGUACAGAAGCGCCACAGUUUAACGCGUUACUUCGCGCGGAAGCACCCUGACCAUGCUAACGCACAGCAGAAAACUCUGAGCUAAGCUAAGAACGUUUGAUUUACUUGAUAUGAUGAUAUCAUACUGGAGCUAAGGAUUUUCUCGCAUUAACACAAAUAAUCAAAACGCAUACUACACGUACGUCAAAUUUUAAAGUGUCAUUUAAUUACU